AUGCAAAGUGAGUAUUGCACUGUUCUAACACUGUUCCCUUUAAAGUCUGUCACAGAAAGCUUUGCCAGAGUGAUUCAUGGCUUGACUGUGGGGCACCUGACAGAUCACGUUAUUCAAAGAAGCAAGAGAAUGAUUCUAGAUACUCUGGGCGUUGGCUUCCUGGGAACCAGUACAGAAGUGUUUCACAAAGCCAGUGAAUAUAGUAAGAUCUACAAUUCCAACGUGUCCAGCAGUGUUUGGGGUCAAUCAGACUUAAGGCUUCCGCCACCAUAUGCUGCUUUUAUGAACGGCGUGGCUAUUCACUCAAUGGAUUUUGAUGACACAUGGCAUCCUGCCACCCACCCUUCUGGAGCUGUCCUUCCUGUCCUCACGGCCCUAUCCGAAGCUCUCCCUUCAAGUCAAAAGUUUUCUGGCCUUGAUCUGCUGCUGGCUUUCAAUGUUGGGAUUGAAAUACAAGGCCGAUUAAUGCAUUUCUCCAAGGAAGCCAGUGACAUACCAAAGAGAUUCCACCCCCCCUCCGUGGUAGGAACUUUGGGCAGUGCGGCUGCUGCAUCCAAGUUUUUAGGGCUCAGCAUGCCAGAGUGCCAAGAGGCCCUGGCUAUUGCUGUUUCUCAUGCCGGGGCACCCAUGGCAAAUGCUGCCACUCAGACCAAGCCUCUUCAUAUGGGAAAUGCUGCCAAGCACGGGAUGGAAGCUGCUUUUCUGGCGAUGCUGGGUCUUCAAGGAAACAAGCAAGUCUUGGACAUGCAGACAGGCUUUGGGGCCUUCUAUGCCAACUAUUCCCCCAAAGUUCUUCCAAACCUGGAGUCCCACACUUGGCUGCUGGGCCAGCAGGAUGUGGCCUUCAAGAGGUUCCCUGCACAUCUGGCCACCCACUGGGUGGCAGACGCUGCUGCAUCUGUCAGAAAGCACCUUGUCACAGACAGAGCCCCACUUCCCACUGACCACAUUGAGAAAAUUGUGCUCAGAAUCCCAGAUGUGCAGUAUGUAAACAGACCCUUCCCAGACUCAGAGCAUGAAGCUCGUCACUCUUUCCAAUAUGUGGCCUGUGCCACACUGCUUGAUGGUCAUGUCACUGUCCCAUCAUUCCACAAGAGCCAGAUCAGCAGGCCACAGGUGAGAGAACUGCUAAGUAAGGUGAAGAUGGAGCACCCUGGGGACAACUUGCCGAGCUUCAACACACUCUACUGCGAGGUCAGUGUCACUCUCAGUGAUGGUGCCACUUUCACAGAGUGCUCUGAUACCUUCUAUGGCCACUGGAGGAAGCCACUGAGCCAGGAGGACCUGCGGGAGAAGUUCAGAGCCAACGCCUCCAGCAUGCUGUCCUGUGACAGAGUAGAAAGACUUAUAGAGAUUGUAGAGAAUCUAGAAGACCUAGGAGAUUGUUCUGUGCUAACCACACUUCUGAAAGGACCCCCACCACCAGUGAUGGCUUCAAAAUCUAUCUAGCAUUUUAACAAUUCCAUCGUACGGUUUCUCCUGAGUUUUAUCAAUAUCUAAGUGACUUUAUAUUAGGGGAGAUUUUAGUGAUUUACUUUAUAAAGCA